AACUCCAAAGGUGGUCGUGGCGGACGUAGGACGUUGUCGUUGGUUGGGUCGGUGGACACAGACACCCCAAUGUCCCAUUUCCAGAUUCAUUCAUGAAAAUAUCUCAACCUUUCUCUCCUAUCUAUCUCUCUCUAGAAUGCAAACAAGACAUCCCAAGCCAAGGUUUCUCAUCUGCCAAACAGAAGAUUCAGAUUUGAUGGUAUUUUCUGCAUGUUUGUAAUCGUUUAAUAAAUAAGUGGAAACUGAAAUUCCCGAGUAUAGAGACAAUGGGUAAUUUUGGAAGCAACACCUCCGGGGGUCGCCGGAGGCACCGCCCGCAACCCCAAAUGUCUGGGGGCACUCAUGUUUUUGCUGCUUCCACACCAACUCAUCCGUCUCAAUAUCCAAACCGACAAGACUCCAAUCCGCCGCAAUACCAUCAGAACCCGUCUCAAUAUAUAAAUGGAUCAAACCCCAAUCCGCCCCAGUUCUUCCAAUACCCCAGAUUCUACCUGCCGCCGCCUAUGCCGGUACCGUAUCCGCAGCCUUUUCAUGGCAGCGGAGUCUAUAUGGGCCCCACUCCCGCCAAUUGGGUUCACGGGCAGUUCCCUUUCGGUGCUGCUCCCCCUCCUCCUCCCCCUCAGGGUGCUACCUUUGUGGAACAUCAGAAGACGGUCACCGUUAAGAAUGCCGUGAAUAUCAAGAAAGACUCUUUGCGGGUUGAGCCGGAUGAGGAGAAUCCCGGGAGGUUCCUUGUUGCUUUCACGUUUGAUGCUGCUGCGCCCGGAAGCAUUACAGUUCUUUUUUUCGCUAAAGAAGAUGUAGACUGUAAACUGUUAGCAACAAAGGAAAGCUUGCUUAAAUCAGUUACAGUGCCUUUUGAGAAAGGACUUGGUCAAAAGUUUAGACAACCUUCCGGAACUGGGAUUGACUUCUCAGUGUUUGAGGACAUAGGGUUUAGUAAAGAGGGUGACAUAGAAGUCUAUCCUCUUGUGGUGAAGGCUGAAUGCUGUCCCUUGAAUGAAAGUGAGCAGGAAUCGGUUGGAAAUUCAGCUAGGAAUUCUCAGAUCACCCAGGCGGUGUUUGAAAAGAAGGAGAAUGGGGAAUACAAAGUGCGGGUGAUGAAGCAGAUAUUAUGGGUGAAUGGUAUGAGGUAUGAGCUGCAGGAGAUCUAUGGUAUUGGGAAUUCGCUUGAAAGUGAUCAAAGUGGAAAUGAUUCUGGCAAAGAGUGUAUAAUUUGCUUGUCAGAGCCUCGAGAUACAACUGUCCUCCCAUGCCGGCACAUGUGCAUGUGCAGUGGUUGUGCUAAGGUUUUGAGGUUCCAGACAAAUAGAUGCCCCGUCUGUAGGCAACCUGUUGAUCGUCUCUUGGAAAUCAAGGUGAACAAUGGAGCUGAUAGUUCAGGGUAGGAUGCUAUCAACACUGGUAAAAUCUAUAAAAUCCAAAAGAAAACGGAAGAAGAAAAGGAAAAACACGACCCGACCUUCUCAUGUUAGUAUUUAGUAACGACAGUAUCGUGUCUUAACACAACGCGCUUUAUUUACUUUUAACCUGUCUUGAUCGUUGUACAUGCUUUUCCUAAUGACGCCACUGUGGAUGCUUUUCCUAAUGAUGCCGUUGACGAUGAGAGAUAGUCGGUACUUAACAUUAUUUUUUCCUUGUAUUUUAGUGCGAUAGAGGGUGAGAACUGUCGCACUAAAAUACUCCUAAUAUUAAGUCCUUUUCCAACCUCUAAACAACUCUUAUUUUUUCUUCAAUUUGUGUAAAUACUAUUUUCUUUGGAAAGUAUUAAAGAUUCAAUUUGAAGGGUAA